CAAUAUUAUAUUUAGCCCAGGGGAGCGCAAUAAUUAACUCACCGCUUUUCACUAGCUACAGAAGCUUUCUGCCGCGAGUUCCCCACGUACAGCUAUCUAUCAUCUGGUCUUCGUAUCACGACAACGGCAACCCAAUCUCUUUGAUCUACGUAUUUGGCAGAAAAACAUGGAGUCUGGUCCUGAUCCUGUUGCCGAUAUCAAAUCUAUCGCACCACCGGCAGGAGAUCUUUUCGUCUACCUCGACUUCCUUCGUUUGGUACUGAUUACGAGGAAGCCUACACCAGAUCUGCGAUCGCAACUGCUUGCCGCAUUGAACGACGCCUUGAAGGAUGUUGACGUUGCCAAUGCCGUUGGCUGGGAAGCCAUGCCUCUUCUCCUUGAAGUUCCCGGCUCGGAUGACUGUCUCAUAACAAUUGCAAGACUUGCGAAUCCACGUGAAGUCAUAAUCGGGGCUUUGCAGGGACUGAGACAGCUGGAUCUAUAUGAUAUUGAAGAUGACUGGCAUGGAGAAGAAUCCGUAGUAGGAGAAGAAAAGGAACCCUCAGCGCCGAACGACCUUGACCGAUUUUGCUUCUUACUGAGUCUUCUUUCUAUUCUCCACCCUCGAAUCAAAACGAAGCACCCUUCACGUAUUCUUGCAAGUACCGUACUCGCCAUCAUGCAAGCAUUCCAUCCAUCACAUCGAGCCGUCAUGGCGAUUGGCAAGUUUGCGCACAUAGUUUCUGGCAAAAAGCGACCUACAUUACCAGGACGAAAAUCUAGCCUCGGUAUCACCAGCGUUAUGCGCCCAGAGAUAGAAUCCAAUUUGCCAUCGGCACCAGAUCCAGAAGCACAAGAAGAGGAUAUAUACGAAUCUGACAUACAAAAGAAGCUGCUGCAAGGCCUCGUGACGCAUAUGCUGGAAAUGUACAUCAAUGUUUAUCCUUUAGAAUGGGCUGGACGCCUGCAAGAAUCCUUUGAUCCGAAAAGAGUUGUGGCUGGGAGGACGAGUUUGGCGGAGGCAUUUCAGACGACACCCGAGCUUCAAACCCGGGAAACCGUUGCUGGGCAGCUUGUGGUAAGUCCUCAUGCUUCUUCAUUGAUGUGGUGUAUCUAACAGUUUAGUCUCUAUCCCGCGACCUCGGGCUGGCUAAUUACGAUCUUCUCUUCGAUACUAUCCAUUCAAAAGAACCUAUCGCACAUGCCCCAAACCCCGAAGAUAAUCUGCCAGAUUCUCCUGAUGACAUUCCACUUUCCCCAGUCGGCUGCCUGUUCCUCCUCACCUCUCUCAUUUUCUCAUCAGUCAUGUUCAAAACGAAAACACCGGAGCCGGUCAUGGCCAUAUUUCCUGAUCAUGCGAAACUAGUCGCUCGACUUUUUGAGUCUGCAGAUGGAUCAUCUAUAGCCAUCGUUGAUGCUGUAGUUGCGAUUGGUUUAUGGUUAGAACACUCAAAUAAAUUUGUGUCUGGAGAAUUCAAGGACAAUGACUAUAUGGCACAUUUACGGGCUUUAUCAUUAUGGUCUGCCACAAAUCCUUCUCCGGGUCUGCGGUACUGUACACAUAAACUCACGUCUGCCAUCUUACAUGCCCAUCCCGUGGAUGCUAUGAGAUUGGUUUUUAUCUCAAAGACGCUCCAAGGUUCUCCGGAUGAAAUCAGCGCGAUAGCUCUGAAAGCAUCUGCUAUCACUUGGCUCAAGGAGGAGUUAAUUACAGCCCAUGAGAGGAAAUUACAAAAUCUUUUCUCCACCAGCUCUGCCCUACUGGAGACUAAAUCACAUAUCUUCCCAAAUCUUUCAUCACUUGUUGAUGAUUCAGAUGAAGAAUUGACUAAUAAUUUAAUGGCAUCAUUUGCAGUCCACAUGGCAGCGCUGAAUUUCUUAUUUUUUAUCACAGCAGAGCAAUAUGCAAAUAUCAUACCACCUGGAAUGAUGACACAAGUCGAGAGCGAAUAUCUUAUCCCUUUGAAAACUGCUCAAGAAAGAGUACUGAAGUCCUCGGGUUCAUCCAAAGAUACAGAAGCUCCACAUAUGGAAUUAGAGUUGUUGGGUGAACAAAUCUCAAUGUGUCUAUCAAGGCUUCAUGAGAAAUGAUUAAUGAUUGAUGUGUUAUGGUCGGUGAAUGUAAGCGAAUGACUGAAAGACAUUGUUUUUUAUGUUGUGGUUCAUACGAAGUAUUUUACGAAGACUGUUUGGAGUAUGAUACCUGGAUCAUAACUGUGGAAUGUUUCUGUAUCUACAACGAAAUGGAAAUAAGAAGAUCGUGAGG